AUGAUCGACCACGUGUUGGGCCGCCCGUCCAUCAAGUCGCGGCGGCUGCAGGUCCUCGCCGUGCUCGCCUUCUGGUCGACCUACCUCGCACGCGGCGACAAGAAUGGCCCCCCCGGCGCCCGGUCGCUCUCGCGGCUGCUCUCGAAACGCCUGACGGCCUGGCAGGUAGUCGUCCUUACCAUGCUGUACCUCUACGCCUCGCGCAAUUUUAGCACUCUUGUCGGCCUCGCAAGCCCCGACCCGCUCACCAACAUGUACGACGCCACCUUCUUCCGCGCCACGUGGGUCCUGACCGCGCUCGACGCCGGCUUCUGGACCGCCAUGAAGAUCCGCACCAAGUGGCUCCGCGACCUGGCCAGCAUUGUCUUCUCGGGCUUCUACUUGGUGGCCGCCGAAAAGGCCGAUGAAAAGGUCCGCAAGGUCCGCGGCAAUCUCACCGUCGAGCACCUCCGCGUCAGCUGGAACAAGGGCACCACGCCCUAUCUGCGGUUCUUCCAGGGGCUGCUGCACCCACGGCUCACCCGCUGGCCGGCCCGCCUCGUCCGCAUCCCCCGCCCCGCCACCAGCGACUACCAGGACCAGCCCAUCAUGGCGUGGCUGUACUAUGACGGAUCCAUCGACCAUCUGCGCGCGUCCGGCCUCAACCGCGUCAUUUUGGAUGUCCCCGGUGGCGGCUUCGUCGCCAUGGACCCGCGCUGCAACGACGACCGCCUCUUUUCGUGGGCCGUCCAGACGGGCUUGCCCGUGCUGAGUCUGGACUACAAAAAGGCCCCCGAGUACCCGUUCCCGUACGCCCUCAACGAGUGCUACGACGCCUACGCGACGCUCGUCCAUUCGCGUGGUCGGUGCAUCGGACUGGCCGCCCACGAUCCUGUGCGCGUGGUGGUCACGGGCGACAGUGCGGGUGGCAACCUGGCCACGGCCAUGACGCUGAUGCUGGCCCAGCAGUCGGCACCCGGCACCUCCUCCGGUGGCCGCUCGACGAGGCGGCUGCCUCUCCCCGAUGGCCUGGUGCUGACGUACCCUUGCAUGGACGUCAACAUUGGCAACUGGAUGUCGGACGAGCAAAUGGCCCUGAUCCGAGACCGCCGCACGCGCGCGACCAACCGCAAUGUGCUGCGCCGCAAGACGAAGCAGUACAGCGACCUCGCGGGCACGCCGCACGAGUCGGACGAUGAGGAUCUGACCAUGACCAAGGCGGUGCCCAGCAGCGACGACGCAGGUCAGGGGAGCGAUCGCAGCAGCAACGGAAAUGUCGAUUUCGACGACGACGAUGACGACGACGACGACGAGCUCGUGCGCUCCAAAGCCCGCAGGCCCAAGCCGGCCUACUCGCACGUCAACGUGUCGUCGUACUCGCGGCCGCAGACGCCGACAAACGAGUGGAAGCGGGAGCUGGGACUGACGCCAGGGACGGCAACCGACAACAUCGAAUCAGAGACCGUCCGCGGAGCCAGCACCAGCCCGCUCGGAAGCGGCGGCAGCGACUCGAAAGCACCCACUGCGUCCUACCACCCGCAGGCCAUCAGCACCCAGCUCGCCACCGCGUCGACCAUCUCCUACUUUAACGACCGCGUCCUGACGCCCGAGAUGAUGCGCGCCAUGAUCAUCUUGUACAUUGGCCCCCACAACCGCCCCGACUUUUCCCAGGACUAUCUGUUGUCGCCCAUUCUGGCGCCGGAUCUGCUGCUCGCCCACUUUCCCAAGACCUACUUCUUGACUGGCGAGCGCGACCCCCUCGUGGACGACACGGUCAUCUUUGCCGGCCGCCUGCGCCGCGUCAAGGCCGCCUACUACGCAUCGGGCGGCCGCCGCGUCGAGUACCGCGAAUCCGACGCGCGCACCGAAGGCUUCGACGAUCGCGAUGUGGCCGAGGUCGUCCUGAUCCCGGGCGUCAGCCACGGCUUCCUGCAGUUCCCGGCCGUCUACCCGCCCGCCUGGAAGUGGUUCCAGCGGGCGUCCGGAUGGAUCCAGGAUGCGUUCCAGCACGCCGACGAGGUGCGGGCACGGAGCGAUGCGGCUUCUGCUCGGGGUCGCGUGCCACGCGGCCGCACAACCUCGCGGACCAACACGUCGGAGCGGAACGAGGCGGCGCCGACUCUCGCGACGCCUCCGGCCACGAAAGCAGCGCUGUCGGUCGAUACAAAGACUGCAACGGCCAUGACGCAACCGCCAGACAGGGAUGGAACAGGUACGACGCCCUAUACAGCCGGGCACAGCCGCGUUGUCUCGUCGGCGCGGACCGAGUCGAGCGGCGACGAGGCGCCGCUGGAGAUGAUUCGCAUGACAAAGGUCAGCAAGACGAAUGCAUCGACCGAGCCGGCGCCGGCACAGGCCACGACGACAGCACCUGCUGCGCCAUCGUCUGGUUCCACGACGGCAUCGACAUCGACGUCGACAUCGACUACCAUGUCGUCUGCCGCCACGACACCAGACAACAACGGCACCGCCGGUGCGGGCAAGCCAAAGUCCAAAAAGCAAAAGGCCCUGGGGCGGCAGCGCGCCAAGGACAGCAAGGACGACAAGGAGCUGGUCAAGCUCAAGAGCUCGGACGAUUUGUUGGGUCGGCGCAUGCAGGGCAUUGUCGGCGGUCUCACUGGAGUCACCGAGGAGUAG